UACUCUGCGUUAAAAGGCUUUGAUGGAUCCAGGAUAAAAAUACUUCUUUUGAUCAAAUCAGUAUCUAUGGUCUAUAGAUGAUUUCACGACCAUGUGCUUCUGAACUUUACCUUUUACCACUUUAUGACCUGUCACUCACUUUUGUCCUCUGCAUCUUUUUUCCUCUCCUUCCCACUUCCCAGGCCUUAGAGCACACACAGAGACUCAAUUCAAAGCCUCAAGGGCUCAAACACUAAUUCUCACUCUCUACUCCCAAGUCCCACCCUCUCUCUCUCUCUCUCCCUCACACAAACACAGGCUUUUUCUGUAAACGAGGACAGAGCAUUCACCCGAUGAGCCAGGAUCCUUGGCUCGAGGACAUUCCAGCUGAGCCAAGCCCGACCUGGAACACAUGGUCAAUCAGCCCAAGCCAAGCUGGGCAAGGCUCAGCUCAUCAGCCCUCGUUGACAUCUCCAACAACCUCCACCCCCACCAUGAACAUCAGCAUUGAAGAUCUUGAGUGCCAUUCGAACGACCAUCAGACCUACCUUGUCACCUUCUUCAAUGACCAAAUCCAUACCACCCUCACCCACGUACCCUCCACUGUUGAAGGUUGGAUCACUGAUGUUCAACGCACCCACCAAGCCAACCUCACCCAUUUCAUUGUCGGGCUCGACGUCGAAUGGCGACCAAGCUUCAAUCGCACCAUCGAGAACAAGGUGGCCAUCUUACAGCUCUGCGUCGAUCGCAAGUGUUUGAUAUUUCAACUCCUUUACGCGGAUCACAUACCCAUGUCUCUCAUUGAUUUUCUCAACAACCCCAACUUCAGUUUUGUCGGGGUGGGCAUCAAUGAAGAUGUCGAGAAGCUUUUAGAGGAUUACGAGAUUAAUGUCUCCAAUACUGUUGAUCUUCGAGGGUUAGCCGUGAAGAAGUUGGGUAAACCAGAGCUGAAGAACUCUGGGUUAAAAGAUUUGACCAGGGAGGUUCUUGGAAAAGAAAUGGAGAAGCCAAGAAGGGUUACCAUGAGUAGGUGGGAUACGGAGUGGCUCAGUUAUGAUCAAGUGCAGUAUGCUUGUCUUGAUGCUUUUCUUUCCUCUGAGAUCGGAAGAAACUUGAUUUUGAAGAAUUGAGAGGUUCACUGUGGAGCAUGAAGAUCUGGGUUUUUGUUUUUUACUUGAAUUGGAAGAUCUGCUUUGUGGGGUAUACUGGAUUGAACCACUGGAACAUGAUUUGCGUUUUGUUUUUCCUGGGUAUAUUUGGUGGUGUAUACUAGGUUGAACCACUGGAACAUGAUCUGGGUUUUUGUUUUUCUUGGAUUGGGGCAUAUAUGUGAUUAUGUGGUGGUGUAUACACGGUUGAAUCACUGGAACAUGAUUUGAGUUUUUGUAUUUCUUGGAUUUGAACUUAUUUUUGUGUUUUGAGCUAUUGUUAUGGUCUAGCUAAAAUCCGUAUUGAUUUUCCCUUUGUUUUAAACCUUUUAAUGAGAUGAAUCUUCUGCUCUUCUUUUAAUUAA